AUGAGUUUCUCACCAAUAAAAUACGAGUCCAAAAUUCUAAGCAACUUAGCCAGCAUGCUGAAGCUUAGCGAAAAGACAGACAAAGAAAUAUGGAACGAAAUAAAGGAAGAAAAGGUAGAAAUUAAAUUCGAAAUUGAUGAAGACAUAAAAAAAGUGAUCGAUAUUAGCAAAAUUAAUUGCACUUGUGAUGAAUCCAAAAAAAAAAUGGAAUUAUAUAAGGGGAAGAAAUUUGAAUAUUAUUACAAUGUAGAAACUUAUGGAGUGGAUUUUUUUAUAGAUAUCUGUAAUGCGUUAGCUAGGUCAAAUUAUAAACAAUUUUUAUCAGAAGAAGGAAAAAGAGAAAUUAUGAACGGAUUAAGAAUUAGAAGAAAUUCCAAUUUAUAUAAAUAUGUGUCCUUUUUUUUAAGUAAAGAAAGGUUAAAUAGGGACAGAUUAAAUGACGGAAAAUCACCAGAACAUAUUUUUCAUUGUUUUAAGUGCCUAAAGAGUGUAUUGCAUAUAUAUAUAGAUGACCAAAAUAGUUGUAAAAAAAAAUUGUAUUUAAACGAUAAUAAAUAUAUUACAGAACAAAUGGAAGAAGAAAUAGAAAAUGAUUUACUCAAUGAAAAAAAAAAAAAUAGUAAUACAAACCCCCUGAAUUCUAGGGACGGAAUAAUAUCUGUCAGCAAAUACAAAACAGAAUUAACUUCGUUAACUAGAAAAUCAAAUGAAAAAAUUAUUAAAACCAUUUUUGAACAUACAAAGGAUAUAGAUAAUGGUAAAAAGAGCAAUGAAUUUAACAUGAAGAUAGAUAAUAUUCCUGUGAAUAUGGAUUCAAACCAAAAUCGUGGAAGGAAAACAAAUAAAAGUAAUACCUUUGAAAAUAUCAAUCAUUAUAAUGAAUCCAACGGAUUUUUCGAUAAACAUGAUUUAACAUAUUUUAGUGAUACUGCUAACAGUUUGUCAAAUGAUCAAGAGCAAAUGAAUAGAAACAAAAAUGUACAAAGUAAGAGUAAAAUUACAAAUCCAAAAUAUAAAUCCAUAAUAAACAGUUCAUUAGAAAUGAACAAAGGUGCAAAUAUUAUUUUUCUUAGCAAAGACAGGGAAAGGAAAUGGCAUAAUUCUCCAAUCAGUAAAAAAGGAACACAUAGUGUCAAUUCUGUAGCAAGCCAAAUAUCUGGUACAACCAGAAAAAAUGACACAAGUGAUUUAGAACAUUCUAUCGAUGCGAACGUUAGCCACGUGGUACACCCAAAGAAAGAUAAUAAAAUAGAGGGAAAUGAUCCCUACUUGGAUCCCGGAGAAAUGGACAAAGCCAAAUUUGAAGUUAUCAAAGAGAAUCAGUGUGCAUCUAAAAGGGUUCAAGAAAGAGAGAAUCAAGAGGAAGAGAAUAAAAUUUCUAUUGUAGCAAAUACUGCACAAACUCUGGAAGACUCAAAAAAUGGCAUGAUGUUAAAUAAAGAGUGUGAUGUGAAUUCCAUAUCUGAAAUGAAGUUCGCGCAUUGCUCAACAGAAGAAAAGAAGAAUAUGAAGAGUAAUGUAAUCGUGGUAGACAAAUCUCAUAUGAAAGAUGAAGCUAUAAUGGAAGGUGUUAAAAAUAUUCAUAAAAAUGAUAUGUAUGAAAAAUGUUUAGAGGACAAGAAUGGAUAUAAUGUGAAAGAUGAUUAUGAUUUUAACGUAAGUGAUGAUGCAUCUUAUUCUACAGAUGAUUCGAAUUAUAAAAGAUGUAUAACAAGGAGAACCAAAAAGCUGCAAGAACAAGGGAAGAUAGUAAUUGAUCUGAACAUUCUUAAUGGAAAUUUGAUAAAUGCAUCAGAUAAAAAGAAAAAAGAAGAAAAAAUUGAAGAAAAAUUUAAAGAGAAAUGCCAAGAAAAACAUAAGGAAAUGAUAAGAAUGAAUGAAAUCAGAAAAAUGUUAGAAGAAAAAAAAAUGAUUUUUUGUAAAAUAGAAGAUGUUGCAAAAAGGAGAAAUAAAAGAUAUAUAAAAACACAAGUAUUAUCAGAGGACUCUAAAAUACAGAGAGCUUAUUUUAGCCAUAAAAUGAAAAAAUUCUAUAACUCAAAAUCUGGAUACUUUGGUUGUGGUUGGUCUAAUAAUAAAACUCAGUGGAUACCUUUUAUACAUGCCCCAUUUUUUGAUAAUCAUCAUAAUACUAUAUAUAAAAACAGAAACAAAAAAUUAUACGAAGAAAUUUAUGACACUUUGUUACAUGGGAGAAUUCAUCCAUCUAUCAAAGUUGUAGAGUUAAAGGAUCAUAAACAUCCAGUGCGAUUAUGCACUCCCUAUUAUGAAGAUUGCUAUUCAGUUGUAUACACUGGAAAAAAAAUACUUGCAACUGAUGAUAGGGUUGUUUUUGGUGAAUACACUGGUUAUGUUGCAAAUAAUAGAGAAUUAUCACAGGAAAGGCAUCAGUACACGUUUGCCUUAUCCUUCAACAAGAAGGUUUUUAAUGGAAAAAAGAAUGUUCUUUUUAUUAACGAAAUUGAGUCAGAUGAGGGGGAUGUGGUGGAAAAGUGCAAACUCUAUGGGAGGGAAAAAAGAGAGGAUCGAAACAGAGAAGAGAAAAAAAAUGACCAAAAUGGGAAAGAGGAAAAAAAAGAACAAAAUGGGAAAGUGAAAAAAAAAGACAAAAAUGGGGAAGAGGAAAAAAAUGAUCAAAAUGGGAAAGAAAAAAAAAAAGAACAAAAUGGGAAAGUGAAAAAAAAUGACCAAAAUGGGAAAGAAAAAAAAAAAGAACAAAAUGGGAAAGUGAAAAAAAAUGACCAAAAUGGGAAAGAGGAAAAAAAUGAUCAAAAUGGGAAAGUGAAAAAAAAAGACAAAAAUGGGGAAGAGGAAAAAAAUGACCAAAAAAUGGAAGCAAUUUAUGAAGAUUCCUCCAAGCACACUAACCAUUCGAAUAAAAUUUGUGAAGAUGAAAUAUGUUUGAACAAUGAGUCGUAUUAUUUUGGGAAAUCUUUUAGGAGUCCUGACACAAAUGGGAGGGGAAGUAACCAAUCCAAUUUUCAAAAGGUGCGAAAUGAAAAGUGCACAGCAUCAAGUAAUAAUAAGGGGAAUAAGAAAUCAAAGGAUCCAAAUAACAUGAUUAUUCUUCCGGAUAAUUACACAUAUGCUGUUGAUUCGUCAUACAUGUUCAAUGAGAUGUCCUUAGUUAAUCAUUACAAAACAUGUUCUAUGUUUAAUAAUUAUGAUUUCAGAAUAAAUGCAGAAUGGCAAUUAGUUUAUCUUGAUGGGUGGCCCCAUAUAAUUCUGACAUCAAUUCCAGGAGUGGAAAUAAAUACAGGUGAGGAAAUUUUUGCAGAUUUUGGUUUCGAAUGGUUCGAAAGAGUUAAUGAUAUAUGUCUGAAUGGAUUUAUUAAGAAUAAUUAUGCACACAGAUUAAGAAAAUUGAAUCUUUGUGAAGAAAAAGAUUUCAAUGGAAUAGAUGACAUAGUUGAGAAAUACAAUUUAAUAAAAAAUUAUACCACGUGUAAUAUAUGUAUGUAUAGUAUAAACACAGAUAGUAGCAAUAAUUUUACUGCUUGUUCAGGUUGUAAUCACAUUUAUCAUUUAAAAUGUGUUCAGAAAAUAAAUGCAGAAGUCAAUGAAAAUUACGAUUGGUUUUGUUCAAGUUGCAUUCAGUUCUGCAUCAAUGUUGUGAACCAGGAAGAAUUUCUCUCCUACAUAGAAAAGGAAAAUCAAAAGAAGCUGAUAGACCUUUUUAGUGAUAUGUGUACUGAAAAUUCAAACAAGUUAGUCAAAUUACUUCAAUGCAAAGGUAGUAAUGAUAAUUCAUGGAAUGCAACCCAAUGGGCAGGGGAAGAUACCACUGGAGAAUCCACAAAUGGCAAUUGUGGAAAAAAUUAUGAUAAAAUUAGGAAAUUACUAUAUUGUAAGGAAAAUAUUAAUGAUUUGAUAAAAAAUAAAGAUAUAAUUAACUCCUAUUUAGAAAAUACUUGGAGAGAGAUCAAUUUAAUAGAUAAUUCAGGAGAAUCUGAAGAUUUGUUUUCAAAAAAUGACCAAAUGAAAUAUUUACUGCAAAAUAGUUUUGAGCUUCAUUUACUUGUUGAAUAUAAAAAAAAAAUUGAUGAUUUGUUAUUAAGCAGAGAAAAAAUUGACACUUUUCUGAAUGAUAAAAAGGCUAUGAACACCAUGAAAUUGAGGAAACAAACCAUAAACUAUUUGUUAGAAAAUCGAAAAUACAUAGAAAAACUUGUGGACUCAAUAGAACAGGGCAUCCCCAUUGUCCUUCCGCACACAAAAAAGGACAAAAACAGUUGUUCUGUGGAAAAAAGUGAACAACAUAUAGCACAUGAGAAAACUCCAAAUGAUUGUCAGGAUCAAUCUUUGAAUCUGCUUAAGGAAGAGAAACAGAAUCAGAUGAUGGAACUUCUGCAUGAGGAUAAAAUGGUCUUACAAACAGUAUGCAACCAAAGUCCAUGUAUGGCAGAAAAACCAGACUUAAGUACUACUGAUGAACGGAAUUCCAAUUUUUCCAUUUCGUAUGAAAGCAUUUUAUAUAAAAAAUCGAAUGCUGUAGUGAAGAAUUUAAAAGACAUAAGAAAAAUAGUUGGAAUUAAUGAAACAAUUAAUAACUGUUCCUCAGUUAACGAUAAUUGCAACCAUGGAGGGAACAAAAAUCUCUGCUUUAAUAACAUGAUGAAGAUUAGCAAAAAGAUCAUAGGAUUUCCUCUGAUUAAGGACUUCGAAAGGGGAUUGAGUACUAACCAACCUUGUCUCCCAUUAAAUGAUCAUUUAAAAAUGUUAUCCGUUUGUACAAUUUGUUACAGUAAGCAUAAUGAUUUAGCUAAAGCAAUUAUAUGUAGAGUUACGAAAAUGCACUUUGAGUCUAACUACAAUGAUGGGUUAAGCGAUGAAGAUAUGUUUAAGACAUCAACUGAAUGCAUACAAUCAGUAAUACGAGAACUGGCCAAUACUAUAAAGGAAUAUCGAAGGAGGGAAUUAAGUGAGGUUUAUGUGCAAGAGCUGGAAAGGAGUGGAAGUAGCUGCAGUAGCAGUGUUAGUAGUGGUAUGUGCAGCAGUGCUAGGGUUUUACUAACUGAAGAAAAAAGCGACAUGAACGAAUAUGUAAAUUCUACCAACAAUUCUGUUAGUCGAAGUACAACAGUCUUGGUAAAUUCUAACAAAAAAAAAGGACAAGAGAAAGCAUUUUACGAUAUUGUUAGUGAUCUUUCAUGUAACAACAAAUGCGAAAGAAAUAGAAACUACAUAAUUCAAAAUAACACCCCAUCUAUUUCAUGGGAUAACAAAAUGAAUUAUACAGAUGAUUAUACAUGCAUGAAGGUAGAUAUAAAUUCUGCAUUAGGUGGUAAACAUCCUCGAGAGGAAGAAGGUGAUAAUAACAACAGUAUGAACAAAAAAGCUAAGCAUAAUUCAAAAUCACAUAAUAAAAUGUGCAGUACAACAAAUGGGAAUAUACUAAAAAAGAAAAUGGAGGAAUCGGAAAAUAUGAAUAAUGAAGAAAUACAUGGAUUUGUAAGGAAAAAGUAUUCUAAUCAUAUGGAAAUGGGUAAUAAAAACAAUCAUACAACGCAGGAACGAACAGAGGAUCAUUCAUUCAAUGACUUACACAACAAUUUAUGUAGGAUAUCAAAUAUAGAUCUAAACUUGAACCAUAGUAAAGAUGAAAGCAAGAAAAAAAAUAAAAAUCACAUACAUUUUGAGAAUGAAAGUUUGGAUGGCACAAAGGAGGAGAUUAUAAAUAAAACAGAGGACUACAUCACUUUGGAACAAUAUUCCCAAUCUCAUAAAUUCAUACCGCUUAUCGGAAUUGAGCUUGGAAAAACAAAAAUUCAAAGGGAAUUUACUAAUGGCACAUUUGUAGGUACUGUUACAGAACAAAUAAAAGAUGAACAUGAUAAUAAAUUUUUCGUAGUUACAUACGAAGAUGGGGAUGCGGAAUGGAUGAAUCCAUUUUUCCUAUUUCAAGAAUUGCUAAAACAAUCGACAAACAAUGUUGACUAUCCUUUAGCUAGUACCUUUAAGGAUGUAUUCAAUCCAGAAUAUAAAAAGGAUUUAAAAUUAGGUAAUUAUACCCUUGAAUUAAAAAUUGAAAGGCGAAAGAAAAAAAGUAAUUGUGAAAGUGCCAGUAACAAUAACAGUGUCACUAAAAAACAGAAAUCUUCACAGGAGGAAAGUUCUACAAGGAAAAAGAAGCAGCGAUUUUGA